AUGCCAGUCCUGGUAGUCCCCGCGCUGAUCCCGGAUCUGGAAAAAGUAUACGACGUCUACUUCGACGCUUUCAAGCACGAACACAUGGCCUCGAUAAUGCUCAACAUUUUGUUCCCCAACGGCAUUACACCUGAGUUCCGCAAACACCACACUGCCGCCACGCUGGACUGGUGGCACAAGGCCAAAGACCAAUAUACCUACAAAGUCAUCGACACCGACCGCGACGGCGAGAUCAUCGGCAUGAUUCUGGCCGAUGCGUUUUUCAAGGAACGUACGGAAGAAGAACGGAAGUGGGCCGGCAUUCCGUGGCUCGAGGGCAAAGAAAGGGAACGGGCCGAUGCGGUCACGAAACCCCUCUGGGAGAAGAGGGAGAAGUUGUUCGGUGGGAGGAAAUAUAUUUAUGUCCACGCAAUCGCUAUCCGUCCUGAAUUCCAGGGCCUCAAGGCCGGAAUGGCAUUGAUUCUCUGGGGCGUCGAUCUCGCCGACCGCGCAGAACUUCCGGUUUAUAUCGAAUCGUCGCCGUCGACUUGGCAACUGUAUGAGCGCGUUGGGUUUGAGAGGAUCAAUGAAAAGCUUGUCCACAGUAAGGACUUGCUGGGCACCGAUGAGGACAUUGAGGUCCCGCUGAUGGUGAGGAUGCCAUCGUGUGCGAAUGGCUUGUCGUUUGAUGAGUGGAGGGCAAACGGGUAUCCUCCGUUCGAGGGGUGA